CGACGACGACGACGACGACGACCACGAUGCCGGACGUGAACGGCGCCGCCGCCGCUCCCCCCAAGCCGCCGCAGAUCUCCGACAUGUUCCAGAAGUUCGCCCUCGCCUUCAAGGCCAAGACCUUCGAGUUCUUCGCCGACGAGGACGGCCGGGGGGAGGCGGCGCCGGCGGCGGCGCCGGCGGGGGGCCCCGCCGCCGGUGGGGAGGACUCGUCCGGCGGGUUCGCCUCCCUGCUCGACUCCGCCGAGGAGGUCAUCACCGGCCAGCGGGUCGUCGUCAUCAAGCCCGAUCGCUGCGGAGCCGCCGCCGCUCCCCGCCCGGCGGCGGCGGAAACCCUAGGCCGGGAGCUCGAGCGGGCUUGCGGCUUGUCGCCGGAGCCGGCGCGAUUGGCGAAGGCGCCGGGGAGCGGAGUGGGGAAGGAGCCGGAAGCGGUGGGAUUAGGGCAAAAUCGCGAUGUCUCCUGGAAUUCGCGAGAGCUGCCGGUCGUGGAGUCGAGAGGAAUUGGUAAAUCGAGCGAGGUGGCUCGGAGAAGAGCCGUUGAUCCGAGGACGAUCGAUACUCUGAUUUCUUCGGUGUUCGGGACUGUUUCUUCCUUCGAAGCUUCGUACGUGCAGUUGCAAACUGCGCAGGUGCCGUUCGUCGAGGACAGCGUGAAGGCUGCCGAUAAAGCGCUUGUUUCUCAUCUCCAGAGAUUGUCCGACAUCAAGCGUUUUUACGCGGAAUUGCGUAGGAACUCCGAUUUGGUCGAUGAUUUACCGGACGUGUCGAGCUUGGAAGCUCAGGUGCAAGAGAAUCAGAGCAAGCUGAGGAUUCUCGGGACGAUAUCGAACAGGUUGCAGUCGGAGAUCGACCGGAAGCAUAACGAAGUGCACAGCUUGAGGAAUCAGUUGGGCGAGAUUCAGAAGCGCAAUUUGAAGCUGUCGAAGAGGUUAUCGGACAGGUUGAGUUCAUCUUGUGAGGUGUCGCUGUGUAUCGCCGUGUUUGAUUCUGUUUUGCGCGAUGCCUGUAGAGCUACACAUAGAUUUACUAAGAUCUUGAUUGGUUUGAUGAGGAAGGCUGGUUGGAAUCUGAAUCUGGCGGCUAAUUCGCUGUAUGGGGAUGUUGAGUAUGAGAAGAAGGGUCACAACUGCUAUGCGUUUUUGUCGUACGUUUGUUUGGUAAUGUUUCGAGGUUUUGAUUCAGAAAGUUUCUAUUUUGGUGACGAUCAUGGAGUUUUGAGUAAUGGCCAUGUGUCGAGCGGUACUAGCUCUAUGAAGAAAUUGCUCGAGCAUGUGUCGAGUAACCCGAUGGAGGUGAUAAGCAUAGACCCAGAUAGCGAGUUUGCUAGAUUCUGUGAAAAGAAGUAUCAAGAACUUAUCCAUCCAUCCAUGGAAUCUUCAGUCUUCAGUACUCUGGAUGGCAAUGAAGCUGUUUUGAGUUCAUGGAAGUCUUUGAGCGUAUUUUACAAAUCAUUUGUCGAGAUGGCGAGUUCUGUAUGGACACUGCAUAAGUUGGCCUUUUCGUUUGAUCCAGCAGUUGAAAUCUUCCAAGUGGAGAGGGGCGUGGAAUAUAGUCUCGUGUACAUGGAAGAUGUCACGAAGAGAUGUCCUGCGCCAUGUAAUGUUAAGCCAAGAGUUGGAUUCACUGUGGUUCCAGGCUUUAAAAUCGGGAAGACGAUUGUGCAGUGCAAGGUGUACCUAUCUGGGCGAUAAUGCGAAGCCUUGUCAUUGGGGUUCCGCAAUGUGGGAAACAGGGAAUCAUAAUGCGCUCCCUCUGGAUGCUGGCCUAACAAGAUGAAAAGAUGUUUGGUUGAGUUGGUUGAUAUGACAGGGCCACAAUCCUUUGAGAGCUUGACUUCCUGGCAAUACAGAUGUCAGCAAGAAAAACAACUGUAAAUCUUGGUCAUUGCAAGUGAAGCUUAGCAAAUGAGCGAUGAGGAGUAAUAAGCUCUACGGCAUUGUGGAUCCACUGAGGUUCCUUCUGGUGUGUAAAGUUCUUCAAAUUUUCUUCUGAUUUGGUCUUUCAGUUAAAUGAUUUCUUGGGAGCUCACUGUAUAGGUCUAUCUUUUCUUACACUUAGAUACAUAGCCAAUUUGUGAAUCUGUUUUUCUGUUGUUGAGUAAGAUAUCAUGUUGUGUAUCUAAA